CAGCAGAAUACACAGCCGACUCCUUCAAAUCUCUCUCACUCUCUCCCUCUCUUUCUCGAUUAAUUGCCGUUACCGUUUUUUGUUGCUGUUGUUGUUGUUGUUGUUGUGUCGCCCACUGGCGGGAGUUUGAACUACUGUGCGUCCUCGCAUCAAAUUUUUUUCACCUGAGUGCCGCGUUUGUGGAAAAAGGUCCCAAAAACCCAUCAAAAACCCAAAAGAGAAUCAAGAAGAGACUCUCCGGAACCCCAGCCAAAAUCCAAAAGUCCAAAAACCAAAAAAAGAAAGUAUUCCGAAAAAUCACUAAACUAUGGCUGGACCAUUCAUAUCGCCGUUGCCCGGCGAUCUGCUCACAGAGUACAUGUUCGGACGGAGGCGGCAGCGACGGAACCGAACCACAUUCACGCCGCAACAGCUGCAGGAGCUGGAGGCCCUCUUCCAGAAGACCCACUAUCCCGAUGUGUUUCUGCGCGAGGAGGUGGCCCUGAGGAUCAGUCUCAGCGAGGCGCGUGUUCAGGUGUGGUUCCAGAAUCGUCGCGCCAAAUGGCGGAAGCAGGCGCGCCUGCAGCUACUCCAGGAUGCCUGGCGGAUGCGCUGCCUCAGCCUGGGCACGCCUCCCGUCUUGGCCGGUGCAGGAGCGCAGUCAGGAAGUGGCAGCAAUCGUCCGCCGAGCCAAACGGCCGAGAAUCUCUCAGCCGGAAAGGACUCCCAUGCGGGCAGCGACUUAAGCGCCAGCGGGGAUGCGGCCAACUUCACCAUGAUGCAUCCGGCAUUCCAGCAUCAGCAGCAGCAGCAACAGCCGGGGCAGGGACAGGGGCAGCCCCAUAGCCAGGACAAGCUAUCCAAGACCUACACAGAACUGAAGCUGUACAAGGAGCCCGCGCACGGAAUGGAUAUGGGCGGGAUGGCUGCCCUGGCCAGCAACUCCGACGACGGCUCCGAUGGCUCGGACUCCGAGGAGAUCGAUCUCACAUCCGGUGCCUGCAUCGACUUCUCGCAGAGCAGUAAACUCCAACAGCAGCAGCAGCAGCAGCAACAGCAGCAGCAGGGGGCAGGACUGGCUGUGGGGCCAGCGGGGGUGGCGCCAGCAAAUGGCGUGCUCUAGAUACUCAU